AUGGAUACCAACAUGGCCGAUAAUGAAGGGUCUGUUUCUUCUGAUAGUAGCACCAUGAGCAGUACAGGUGGAAGUGAAGGUGCAGGAUACAUUCGUCGUCAACGCUACACUCAAGAACAAUUAAGAGUGCUCAUGCGAAGUUUUCGUCGUAACCCAAGACCUUGUCAUGCUGUGAAGGAGCGAUUGGCCGAUCGGCUUGGUACUACAUACAAGCGCAUCAAUAUAUGGUUUCAAAAUCAAAGAGCAAGGGAAAGACGCGAAAGAAGAGGUCGUGAGCAAUGA